UUUUUCCUUCCCUCCUCCCCUUCCCGGCCGUCUCCUUUCCCUCCCUCCUUCCUUCCCUCCUCCCCCUCCGGCUCAGGUUGCAGCUUCUCUCGGGAGCUGCUCACCUUUGCUGAGCUGGGGAAGCAGCGGCCGUGCCAGGGCGGGGAGAGCAGCAGGGCGCAGGGCACAGAGUUGCUCGGACCUCCUCCUGUCUUCCACCCAGCCCAGGCAGGGAGCCGGAGCCGGAGCCGGAGCCGGGGCGCGGAGCGGUGGAGUCUCUCUCGACAUUCAGGAUCCAGCUGCCAGGGACCCCAGCUGACCAUGAACAAGAUGAAGAAUUUCAAGCGCCGCUUUUCCCUCUCUGUGCCCCGAACGGAAACCAUUGAGGAAUCCCUGGCCGAAUUCACCGAGCAGUUCAACCAACGUAACAGCCGACGAAAUGAAGACCUAGCCCAAGGGCACCUGCAGCUUGGCCCUCUUGCAGGAGGAGACUUCCAGCCAGAGCCUAGUGCCAUCUCCCCAACAGAGGAAGAUGGGGACCGCCAGGGCCAGUCCUCCCCAGGUAUACGCUACCGAAAACACAACCAGCGACGCUUCUCCAUGGAGGAUGUCAGCAAACGACUCUCCCUGCCCAUGGACAUCCGCCUGCCACCCGAGUUCUUGCAGAAGCUUCAGCUGGAGAGCCCUGAGCUUCCCAAGCCGCUCAGCAGAAUGUCCCGCCGGGCAUCCCUAUCAGAUAUCGGCUUUGGGAAACUGGAAACUUAUGUGAAACUGGACAAGUUAGGUGAGGGCACCUAUGCCACCGUCUUCAAAGGGCGAAGCAAACUCACUGAGAACCUGGUGGCACUGAAGGAGAUCCGACUGGAGCAUGAGGAGGGUGCCCCUUGCACAGCCAUCCGGGAGGUGUCACUGCUGAAAAACCUGAAACAUGCCAACAUUGUAACCCUGCAUGACCUGAUCCACACAGAACGAUCCCUUACCCUUGUCUUUGAGUACCUGGACAGCGACUUGAAGCACUACUUGGACCACUGUGGGAACCUCAUGAGCAUGCACAAUGUCAAGGUCUUUAUGUUCCAGUUACUCCGGGGCCUCUCCUAUUGCCAUCGACGGAAGAUCCUCCACAGGGACCUGAAGCCCCAGAACUUACUCAUCAACGAGAAGGGGGAGCUAAAACUGGCAGACUUCGGCCUGGCCAGGGCCAAGUCAGUGCCCACCAAGACCUACUCCAAUGAAGUAGUCACUCUUUGGUACCGCCCCCCUGACGUCCUGCUGGGCUCCACGGAGUAUUCUACUCCCAUCGAUAUGUGGGGUGUGGGCUGUAUCCACUAUGAGAUGGCCACAGGAAGACCCAUUUUCCCCGGCUCCACGGUGAAGGAAGAAUUGCACCUCAUCUUCCGCCUGCUCGGAACCCCCACGGAAGAGACCUGGCCAGGAGUGACAUCCUUCCCCGAGUUCCGAGCCUACAACUUUCCCCGGUACAAACCGCAGCCACUCAUCAACCACGCUCCCAGGUUGGACACAGAUGGCAUUGACCUACUUACGAGUCUCCUCCUGUAUGAAGCCAAGAGCCGGAUAUCAGCAGAGGAAGCCCUGAGACACCCUUACUUUGGUUCUCUGGGGGAGCGUGUGCACCAACUCCCUGACACUGCCUCCAUCUUCUCUCUGAAGGAAAUUCAGCUCCAGAAGGAUCCGGGUUACCGGGGCCUAUCCUUCCAGCAGUCAGGACGAGGGAAGAACCGAAGACAAAGCAUCUUCUGAGCUCAAUGUCUCCAUCCCCACACCACAGGCCACAAAAGGGAUGAGACACACCCAGCACAGCUGUCCAGGGCUGGGGUUAGGGGCCUCAAGUUGCCUACAGAGGAUUGGGGGCCCCAGCUAGAUGGGAGGGAAGUCCAUUAGCCCCGUUGGCUGCUGGUGUGUCCCCUCCCCUCCCUUUUGAAAAACCUCUCCUGGGGGCUCUGAGCCCUGGCUCCCCCCACCCCCCAGAUCCUUCUCCCCAGUCCCCGGGGCUUGAGCACCGUGGUUUGUAAGGGUAUCCUAUCCACAGCUCCAGCCUGACAGGCCAAGCUUGGAAAUGAGGCAAGAAAGGAUAGGCCAGGAGUCUUCCAUCUGUGCUCAGGCUGGGGGAAGAUGGAAGAUCCCAAAUGCAGGGCUGGCUGGCCUAUAUUCCCUGCUUCUCCUGGGUUGGAGGCUCCUCUGCACAAGGCCUCUCUGACCAGGCAGAUCUUGGCUGAUGCCCCUGACGCAGGCAGGGCCGGCUAUAUGCACACCCCUGCUGGCUUAUUGGCACCUUCCUCGACAGCCUCUGUGGGAGGUGGGGAAUAGCUUCCCUCACUCCCUGAUGGCUUUGUUUCUUUUAUUGCUCUACAGUUAGAGAAAGGGAUGUUCUCACUUCCCCAGGACCCUGAAAUCCUGGGCACUUGUCUCUGUGCCAAAGGUCCUUGUUCCCUAACCCCCACCAGCUUCUCUCUCCAGGCUGGGGGGAGCUGGUACCCACCCCCAGCCGUGACAGGAGGGCUUCCGUGCCUGGGCACCCCCAAAUCCUUGUCCCGCCUGCCCCAUCCCCCACCACCAUGCUCUGUUAGCUCUGCCUCCAAGGUUGUUUGCUCCCCCUCCCCACCCCGACCCGAUAGGGUACAGUGCCCAACGGCCUCCACUGGAUGGCAUCUCCAUCUAAUACCAAAUAUAGCAAGAGGCUGCCCUGGGGGUGCCUAUUUGUUCCUGCCCACUCUACCCCAGCCCCACUAAGUUUGAAUAAACUUCCUUAAAUUGAAGGGUGGGAGGGAGCUUAUUGUCCCCAGGAAGUCUUCUCCUUCCACUGGCCCUUCCCCCUACCAGCCAUCCCUCACCUUCCAUUUUCAGAAGCCCUAUAUUCAGCAUCAGAAUAGGAGUAUCUGAUCCCACCUGCCCCUGACUCCAUGUCUGCUGACAGGGAUCAGGACAGGAAGAAACCAGGUUAGUCCAGGGUCUCUUCUGGGCCAUCACCCCUCUUUAGCUCAUACCGCCCAGCAGUAUCUGGUCUUGCUCCACCUGGCUAACUCUGGGUGCUGUACCAUCAUUGAGCCCUUGACCAUCCUCAGCAUACAAGGCUGCACCAGGGGAUGGUCAUGGGUAGGAAGCAGUCACAGGGCCUGUACAAAAGCCACAGUCAAAGGAAGGACAAGGGUUUUUCUGACCUAGGACUAGUCUCUAUAAAGGGUCCUGCAUCUUCCAACACCUCCCUGUCACUAAGGCCAAUUAUUCCCCCCCCCCCCCGCCAAGAGCAACCUAAAACUUGGGACACUUUUUCAGAAGGGGUAAAUGGGCCUUGUGCCAGGGAUGCACUAUCCUCCUCCCCUCCACCCCAUUUCCCCAGCCUGUUUUUCAUUCUUUGCACCCCUAAUUUCAGGGACAUACUUUAUGUCAUCCCACUUCUGUGCCAUAUGAGGUAUUGAGUACCACCCCCCAUAUCCUUGAAUUCCCAUCAUCAACUCCUUGCUCCACCAAAGGACCAACCCCUUUAAGCCAUGUUUAUCCUGCCUUGCUUCUCCCCAGAAAGAGGACCUGGGGGCUGCCCCUUACUCCCUCCCUCCCUCCCUGAACUGUACUGUGAACGUCCUGUCUCCUGUCCUGUGACUCAGUGCAAAGACAGAUAAUCUAUUUAACUCAUAUUGUUCAAAAAAGAAGCAAAUGAUCCCUUGAAAAUGAGGUGAUUUUUGUAGCAAGUUGAUUCCAAAGAAAGGGGAAAGGGAUGUGAGUGUGUGAAGAGCGUGAGUGGCUGUCAGGGUCUUAGACAGACAUUGUUGUCUUUUUUUAAAGAAGAGAGAGUUUGAUUUUUGUAUAUCCCAAGACCUCUUCUCUGAGGAGGGUUCCCUGACACCUUGAUCUGAUAUAUUGUGAAUGCAACCAAGUAAAGGACCAGAAAUAAAUCAUCAAGUCUGAA